CCACCGCGUCAUAUCUCAUUACCAUAAAGUUGCCCUGAUUUCAACUCUCCUCGAUGCUCUCAACGGCCUAGUCAUGCCGCGCCGCUCCUCGCCGCUGCUACAUGCCGGCUUACAUUGAAAAUGAAUGACUUCCGGCCACUUUGAUGCUCUCGACGCUGGCGGUGUGAACGCAUAGUAAGAGCACGUGUAGCAUCAUUUAACAGAUUACAGAUUUAGGUUUGGAUUUUUUAAGCUGCAGAAGAUAUUUAAGUCUUAAAAAUCAGUGAAUACAUCAUUAAAACAAUGUAUAAGCUCUUCUGCAUAUGAUUUAACAACAGGAGAUGAUAAAGUCACAGUAAAUUAAAUAGGGUUAUGAUCUAAGAAACUGUAAUCACCUAAUUCAUUGUCCAGCACUGAAAAGCCACGGUGUAUGACCAUGUGAAUGAGUGGGAUUUUUCACCAGUUUAACUAGAUCAAAUGAGUCUAUAAGCCUAAUGAAGUCCAAGGCCAGCACACAUGAACAUUAAAGUCUCCAAGAAUUAAAAACAAAAUUAGGAAUAACACCACUUAAAAACACCGAAAAAUUAGCAAGAAAGUCUUUGUGAGGUUUUGGGGGUCGAUAAAUCAAUGCAAUCACCAAAGGAUUAGUUCAAAGAUAUUAUAAAAAAAAAGUCCGGGGAAUUAAAAAUGUACAUCUGAAACUGACUCAUAUCCCUGGCAGUAAACCAGGUUUUUGUAACAGAGAACGCAAAAUGAAGAAGUCAUUGAGGUUAAAAGUCUUAUUUGCAGCUGAUCUUGCAUUGACCAAAGCCAGUCUUACCCGCACCAGGCCAUCCGCUAAAGUGAGCGGAUAUUGUGCACACACACCGCCAUGAUGAAGAUGAAGCAAAUGGGGUUGGGGUAGCUGAUCAAAGCUAUUCAUUAUUAAAUUCUAUUUUCACAUUUAUCUUGAGUGAGGGGGCAGGAUAGUCACCCCCAAUAUCCACCCCACCCUCCCCCGACACCAUGCCUGAAUAAGUUUACAGUUGUUUUCGGUUUACUCUCUUGUGAAACCUAGGUGCUGAUGAUAUCUUUGCUCUACACCUCACUUUCUGAUUAUUCACACAGGAAGGAAAGGGACGGGUAGCCUUGUAAUAAUCAGUUGUUAGCAACCAGUCACUCUCAGAAAAUUAUCAGUCAGUAUCAAGCAAUUGACUAAAUCCUGAGCGCUAUUAAUCAGUAAAAUCACAGAAAACGUUGGCAGGGAAACAUCUUAAACAUGGAGACUACUACAGAUUUCAUUUACCCAGAUUUAGUACCUCCCUGCCCAGAAAACCUACGGAAUAUGAACAGCUUGGCUUUGGUCUUAGUUUACGUCAUAGUCUUCUGUCUGAGCUUGCCGGGCAACUUGGUGGUGAUCUUCGUGGUGUGCUGCAUGGAGAACCGCAGGACAUCUACUGAUGUUUACCUGAUGCACCUGGCCAUCGCUGACAUGUGCUUUGCCCUAACUCUCCCAUUCACAGCUGCUGACCUUCACGCCGGCUACUGGAUGUUCGGCACAUUUAUGUGCAAACUGAUUUCAGGCUUGCAGGAAGCCACAUUUUACUGCUGCGUCUUCCUGCUAGCAUGCAUUAGCAUUGAUCGUUACCUGGCCAUCGUGAAAGCAACCCAAUUUCUCGCCCAAAAACGCCAUCUGGUUGCCAUAGUGUGCGCACUGGUGUGGCUAUGUGCCUUUUUGUUGUCGUUGCCCAUUGUGGUGAAUCGAGAAUCCUUUAUCACUGUAAAUUCGGAUGUUUAUGUAUGCCAUGACAAUUUGACCGCAGAAAACAUGGAUAGCUGGAGAAUAGGUUUGCGGAUUCUCCACCACACUUUGGGAUUUUUCCUGCCAUUAGCCGUCAUGGUAUUCUGCUACGGUUUCACCAUGUGCACUCUCUGCCGCACACGCAACAGCCAGAAGCAGAAGGCCAUGCGGGUCAUCCUGUCUGUCGUCUUGGCUUUUAUCAUUUGUUGGCUGCCCUAUAAUAUCCUAGAGUUCACAGACAGCCUGAUGCGAGGCAGCCAGGUGAUGGAAACGUGUGAGCUGAGGGACAGCAUAGACGUGGCCUUAUACGUCACACAGGCAAUGGCUUUUACCCACUGUGCAAUAAACCCUAUUUUGUAUGCCUUCAUUGGAAAGAAAUUCCGCAACCAGCUUCUGACGUCUCUCUUUAAGAAAGGCCUGUUGGGGAGAGACACAAUGUCGAAAUAUCGAGUGGGAUCUGUUUAUAGCUCUGGAAGCACUAGACAAAUGUCUGUGACUAUGUAGUAAACUGUUGUCCUCUUUUAACUUCCAAAUUAUACAUUUUCUUCCUCUUUAUGCUACUGUAAAAGAAAUAGUUUAGCCAGAACUGUUAUCUCGUUACUAUCUCAUCCCUGUCUUAAAAAUACAGUUUUGAGGUUGAGUCAGUAAUGACAGAAUUGUCAUGUUUAAAUGAGCUUUAACUUGCUUCCAUAUAAACUAUAGAUGCCGGGCUGUGGAUUACGCGGGGGACAAGCUAAACACUCAUGUCAUCAUACUCAAAACUAGAGGGGGCGCUCUCGAGCAAAAAGUAAUACGAGGAAAUUCAAAAGUGUCCAGCUAUCACUGUAUGAAAACAUGGAAACAUGAAAAACAUUAAACAUACGAUUGUGACAAUAUAUAGUUUAUUUGUGCUUUUCAAGUCAUCUCCAGCAGGUAAUAAAUAAAGUAUAUGAACAAUGCAGUGUUAAUUGGCAUAGCAUUUAUUACAGUAUAGAAACUAUCCUGCCUUGUUAUGUGAUAAAAAAGUGUUUGUAGUAUAUAAACAAGUCAUUAUUAUUUGAUAUUGUUCAACAGUUAUAGAUUUCUAAGCCAGUUAAAAGAAGUUUCUUCUGUUCACCAAGCCAGCAUCUAUUUGAUCCAAAGUACAGCAAAACAGUAAAAUUUAGAAAAAAAAUUUACUAGGCUAUUUAAAAUAACUGUUUUCUAUUUAAAUAUAUUUAAAAAUAAAAAACAAUUAAAUUGCAAAGCUAUAUUUCGCACAUUACUCCAGUCACGCGAUCCUUCAGAAAUAUUUCUGAUCCUGAUUUGCUGCUCAAAAAACAUUUAUUAAUAUUAUGUUAAAAACAGCGGAGUAGAUUUUUUUCAGGUUUCUCUGAUGAAUGGAACGUUCUGAAAAAAGCAUUUAUCUGAAAUAGAAAUGCUUUGUUACAUUAUAGAUGUCUUUAACAUCACUUUUGAACAAUUUAAAGCAUCCUUGCUAAAUAAAAGUGUUAAUUUCUAUAAUUUCCAUUCCAAAAAAAUACAAAUUAUACUGACUCUAAGCUUUUGAAUGUUAUAGUGUAUAAUGUUACAAAAGCUUUUUUUAUUUCAGAUAAAUGCUGAUCUUUGGAUCUUUCUAUUCAUCAAAGAAUCCCAAAAAAACUGUUUUAAUAUUGAUAAUAAUAAUAAUAAUAAUAAUAAUGAUAAUAAAAGGUUUCUUGAGCAUCAAAUCAGCAUAUUAGAAUGAUUUCUGAAGGAUGUGACACUGAAGACUGGAGUACACAUAGAGUACAAUACAGCUGCGCAUCACAUAAACAAAUUACAUUUUAAAAUAUAUUCAAAUAGAAAGCAGUUUUUUUAAAUAGUACAAAUAUUUCACAACAUUACUGCAUUCAUUUUACUUUAGAUCAGAUAAAUGCAGGCUUGAAAAGCAGAAGAGACUUCUUUAUACAGCAUUAAAACUCUUACCUUUCAAAAACUGUUGACUGAUAGGUUAUAUAGAAAUGACAAAAAAUGUAUAUUGUGUUUCAUAUAUAUAUAUACACACACCAUUUCUGUCCCUCUCACUUCUGAAAAGGUGGCUAUGCCCCUGUAUAGAUGUAAAAGUAUAGAUAAUAGUGUGUUUGUGUAUCUUUGACCUUCUGUAGCUUUUUUCACUUAUGAUAUACAUCUUUAAAAGAUUUUUUUUUUCUGUGGUUAGAGGCUUCAAGGCAAGCUUGUGCUUUGAACGCUGUGUCCAUAUCAAAAUGAUCUGUGAAAAACACUCUGCAGAGGUUUCAGAAUUUGUUGGAUAUUAGUAAAAGGGGAAAGUAGAGAUUUUCCAUUUUGCAUUUUUCUAUUUUAUUAUUUUUUAAUUUUGGGAUUGGUAAAAUGUCUUAUACUCACCGAGGCUGCUUUUAUUUGAUCAAAGUUAGUGUUUAGCAAUGCAAUUCAUUCCUGUGAUGCCAUGAUGAAUUUUCUAAUCAAGAAUGUUUUUUCACCACAAACAUUUGAAAUGUUUUAUUAGUUGCUUGUUUCAGGACUUGCUAUUUGUGUUCUUAUUCUAAAAUAAUGUAAAAAAAGCAAAUUACAUUUUGGCUUCAAAUGUGUAAAUAAAGUUGCUUAAGGAAAAAUAUGCAUCUCACACUUGCAAAUUAAACUCUGUUUGGGUAAUCAGUCUGCUAGCUCUAGGUCAGGCAAUGACUUGAUUUCAUUAUUGUCACCACUUCCUUUCCAAAACAAAACAGAGAGAAGUGAAGAAACCUGUUUUCCUCCUUCAAAGAGCACAGCCUUAAAAAACAUUUCAACUUACUGCACGUACAAACAGAUAUGCAAAAUAUGAGUAAACUGCAAAAGAGGUAUUAUGUUUUAUCUUCUAGAUAUAUCGAUUUUUGUAAUAUGAUUAUUAAUUUGAAUGGCCAUUUUGUGUGUUAAGUGUUAAUCAAGAUAAAAUUGCACCUGUCUAUGUGGCACGUCAUUCAUCCGUCUGGUUUGCACAGUUAAAGUCUUGAGAAAUGGAAACAGGAAAAGGUGCUUUUGAAACAAUACAUUCCACUUCUGUAUUUUUGCAUAAACUCUUCUUUAAGUCUUAUUAUGCUGUGUCCAUCCCAUAAUCUCUGGUUUAUCCUCAUAAUCUGUGUUAACCUCAGUUUAACCUAUUAUCAAUUUACAUAUUUCUGUGUGUGUGAAUUAAAGCACACUGGUGGUUAUUUCCAAUAUUAAUACAUAAAUAUGACUAAAAGAGGGAUAAGAAUUUAGAUAUUAUUUAAAGAAUCAGUGGAAAAUGAAAUAUUUUAGCUAAUAAUCAAUUUCCGCCCUGAUGCAAGCAUGUCUUUGUGUUGUUAUUUUCCAAGAAGGGUCCAGGAUGUGGUUUUUCUCUCUUUGUUUUCCACUGUAAGUCAAAAAUAGACUAAAAGAAGAUGGUUAGACUUUAGUAACUAUUGCUGCAUUACAUGGAAAAUUCCAAUUGAUCUCCAUGUAAGAAUGUGAUGCUGCCAUCUUUCUUAAGUCAUGUUUU